GCAGGAGUUUAUAAGUUUUGUUAUUCGCAUGUAUUAAAGAGCUUGCCACAAUUCUUAUCGUUGUAAACCGUUGUAAAAGGUCUGAAUGACAGUGGGUGAUACAGCGAGCCUUACAUAAAGUCAAGAAGUUUGGUUAGACGACAGCUCACGUGCACUUACCGAAAGUUGAGCGAUUGAGAGGGAAGAACACGAAGCGUUUCUUUCAUCUGAAUUAAAAUAAUCGCCAUAAAAAGACUCAGCAACAUUUUGUUAUCGGAAAGUUAGGCGGCGUGUGAAAAUUGAACGUACUUCAUUGGCGCCAAUUCUUGGUGAUCGCUAAUUCGCUGGGCACUCAGAAGAACAAAGAUUGUUCCAUUCGUUAACAAAAUCGUUUUGUUUGGAAGGUAACCAGAAAAAUCCAAAAAUCAAAGAGAAUUUGAAAGAAGUGCAUUUAAGAAAGUGAAUCCUUACAGGAAGGAAUUGCUUUGAGAGUGGAUGUUAUCUUUGAUCGUUUGUUGGUACAGAAAGCAAUCACAAGCUCCUAUGAAGUCCCGACCCAUCUCUUGAGAAACAUAUACAAAACAGUUGUGGUCUGCUCUUUGAAAGACAACAAGUCGGAGUAAAAUACACCAUUUCAAAAAAAAAAGUUGGGCUAAAUUGGAUUGGCUGGUGUCGUUUAAUUGCAUCGGAGUUUUUGGGAUAUGAGUUUCCCAUCUCGUUCCCCAUGAGUCUAUAUGUGAUCGCUGAAUGAGGUAUCAUCACUCAUUUGCAUCGUAAGUGCCAGAGACUGCAAGCUGUGGCGAUAUUGGCGCCCCCUUAAAUAAGAAUCGUAAGAGGAAUAUAUAUUUGUGGACACGCAACUGGCUUGAAGUGCUGACUCGGUGCGCGGUGAGUUUGACUGAUCUUAUCUUGCGAGUAACUCGGCGUAUAUACACAUUAACGUCUCACCUGCCGAUGUGAUCGCUAUAUAUUCUACACCCCGUCGUUAAUCUCGUCCAAACCUCACAAUGAACACAGGGGAUAUAGUACUAGUGGUCACCCUAUUAAUCCUAUCAGUUAUAGCUGUCAUUGGAAAUAUAUUGGUAAUUUUAGCAGUGUACACGAACCGUCGACUCCAGACUCCUGCGAACUAUCUCAUUGUCAACCUGGCUAUCAGUGAUUUCGUUCAAGGCGCCCUGACCUAUCCGCUUCGUUGCUCGGAGGUGCUGAACACCGGCGACCAUAGCUUGGUUCGAUGCGAUGUGGUUAUCUCACUCACCAUACUCUUCCACAGCGCGUCGAAUUUGAACCUUUCGCUGAUCGCGUUGGAUCGCUUCUUCGCAGUCGGCCGACCGUUCGCGUACGCAAACAUGAAAAAGCGCCACCAUCAAAUCGCAAUAGCGAUAUCCUGGAUAACAUGUAUCAUUCUGGCCGCCUGUCCUUUGGUCGGCUGGCGUCGGGAAAUAAAACCAGAGAACGCGGGCGCUGUGUGCAGGUACAAUGCAAUACUAACGGAGAACUAUAUCAUCUUGUACGUGUUUGUUGUGGAUGUUUCGCCUCUGGUGAUAAUAUUGAUUACGUACGGCUAUAUAUUUCACACGACACGGAGGCAAAUUCGCCAAAUACGUGCGCAAGAGAUAGCCGUGAAGCACUCGGCGGUCAAUAAAGCUUUUGACUUUCGCAGAGAAAGCGAUGCUACAUGGGAGGUAUCACGGAGCGGAGUAGAAGCUCUCGAGCAUUGCCCGGAUCGCAACCACUCGGUUGCCAAUGAUAGCCCGAGCCAGGCAGAGAAAUGCAGCUCUGCGGAUACACAUGAUAACAAUAACGGCGAUGGAAACGAGGCCAAGGAAUCAAUCAGUGCUCAAGAGUUGAACAAUCAACGUGUCUCCUUGAGUGCGAUACAAGCCGAUCACCUUGAUUCAACCAACCCCGAAAUGGAUGGAACAAACACUGCCUCAACGAAAACGAUUGAGAACAGCCAAACUACAGACGAUAGCAGCGAAGUGCAGCCACAUAAAACUAAGAGAAGAAAAGUACCUUUGAGUACGGUACGAACUCGAAAAGCUACCAGAAUAGUGUUGGCAAUCAUAGGGUUCUUCAUAGUGCUUUGUUUACCAAUAACUAUCAUCGAUAUCAUAGAACUAAGCAAGUCGCGUGUUGAAAUUCCGCCAGCUGUUUUCACUGUCGCUUUGUGCAUGGUUUGUGCGAAUACGUGCGUGAAUAUGUUUGUCUAUGGCGGGUACAAUGCGGACUAUAGAAAGGCGUAUUGGAGGGUACUGCGUAGGGCAAAGACUGCAUUCUUGAACAUAUUCACUCGCACCAAGAAUACGAUUUGUGCGACGAAUUCGCAAGCUACGAACCAUCAGGAAACCAGCUAACAAAGACGGUGAAGUCGCUGUAUGAAAAAUAUUGUCAGAAAAACUCGACAAACAUCGCAAAAUUUGGCAAUAACUCAUGCGAUGGCGGCGGAUAUAUAUAUAGACAUAUAUAUACACUCGUGACAUUGGUCACAAACGAUAUCAACUGUAACAAGUAACCAUGCACUUCACUUGCGUGUUUGAAGACAAUCGUGCCUGCCGCACCACAUAUUCCUCCUGGCUGAACACCGAACUUAUCGUUUCCCGUAAGUAGCGGUUGAGUAGAAGAUUGCUCGGUUGUAUGAAAACAAAACUGUGGCAUUCUUCUCAUUGCUAUUGCAGUCAGUGACGUUAAGUGUGUGUUUUAAAAAGGCCUCUUUAUAAAGUCUUUGUACAAGAUGCGUCGUAUGAUGAGAAAUAACGCCCUCGUUAUUAGCAAUGGCACAGCGGUACAAAAAUCUUACUGCAUGGUCUGUCAAAUGGAUUGGUGAAGUAAGCUUGUAAUUAAUUCGCGUAUAAAUUGUGUAUAUUAUGCCGCAUAUGUAUAAAGAUAAAAAUAUUCGUAUUAUA